UAAAUAUUCGAUAUUCGAUGACCAAGAAAUAAAGACGCCGAAUUGUGAAUCGCGGUGAAGGAAAACAUUAAGUUUAGAUGAUAUGUGUAGUGUGAACUGUGAUUGCGUAACGCGACCUGCUAUUGUAACUUUAAAAUUUACCAAAGUGAAGUAAAAGUUGAAUGAUCAUCCGAAGAAAAUAAAAAUGGAGCGCUUAUCAAAAUCGCGCGAAGAUAUCGAACAAAAGGUACCGCUGAAACACGAAACAAAUGAGGAGCAGAAGAUAACCGCCUUACAGAGACUCAAGAUCAUCAAAAACAAUGUGACCAUAGAACCACCAGUGGUACUCUACUUCAUAGCGAGCUGUAUCACCGCAGCCGGGAUGCAGAAUCUAAAUUUAGAGAAGGCGUGCAGAACGAACCUCGGAUUUGACGACCACGUAUGUACCUCCCUGAGGCUGAGACAGCGAGCGAAUUUGACUUACGAGGAGGACGAGGUACAGAAAUUGGUGGCGUCAGUGGAGGCCUGGAGAAGCGCUAUUUAUACGGCGUUUCCCAUUAUUUUAAUGGCAUUUCUGGGGGCUUGGAGCGAUAAAAUGGGAAAGCGGAGAAUAUGUAUGCUGAUGCCCAUAGGCGGAGAAUUAAUUACCUGUAUAUUAAAUAUAGUUAAUACCUACUUCGACGGUGUCAACGUGGAGUGGACGUCGUUGAUGGGAACGUUUUUUUUGUCUAUCACCGGUGCAUGGUGCGUAAUGUUGAUGGGAUCUUAUAGUUACAUAAGCGAUAUAACGACGAUCGAGAACAGAACUUCCAGGCUUGGCGCUCUGACCCUGGGCUUGAACAUCACGCACCCGAUAGGAAUGGGCUUGAGUGGCAUCAUGCUGGAGUAUACUGGGUACUACGGAGUGUUCGGAAUAACGGGACUCGUCCAACUGUUGAACUUUUUGUAUAUCUACUACUAUACAGAGGAUUAUGUACCUUGCUAUAAGCCCGAGACCGGUACAGGUGGAAUCGGAAUAUGGAGGCACGUUACAGAAUUUUUUGACUUCAAUAGUUUAAAAGAUAUGGUGCUAAUUCUUUUCAAAAAGGGGCCUAACAACCAAAGGAUGAGGGUUUGCAUGAUUCUGUCGGCAGUUUGUUUUUUAUACGGACCAAUAUGGGGUGAUAUGUCUAUUAAUUAUAUCAUGUGCCGAUAUCGCUUCAAUUGGGACGCGCUCAAAUAUAGCAUCUACAGCUCAUACAGCCUCACCCUACAUACAUUUGGUACAUUUUUAGCAAUCAUGUUGUUUACGAGGCGACUAAAAUUAGACGAUUCAGUGCUUGGGAUCAUAGCGGUGAUAAGCAGAAUAGCUGGAGCCCUAGCAUGGGCUUUAUCCAGAAACGAGUUUGAAAUUUACUUCGCUCCCAUCGGUGAAUUUUUCAACGGUACAAUGCUCCUUGCGCUACGAGCAAUCAGCUCCAAAUUGGUAUCCAGUCAAGAACUUGGAAAAUUAUACUCUCUCUUCGGUCUGUCGGAGAUAUCCAUGAUGUUGAUAUUCGUACCGAUCUACGCGCGAGUGUACAUCGCGACGCUGCACAUCUUCCCGGGCGCCUGUUAUUUCUUCACCGUACUAUUCUCGAUACCGGCGUUGCUAAUUUUUGUAUGGUUCUACGUCGAAUACAGAAGAGACCUGCGAAACGCUGCAAGAGAAGAGUGUGCAAUAGAAACUGAUAUAUAGAGAUUCAAAUAUGAAAUUAAUAACAAUAAUUGAUGCAUAAAAAUAUACAGGUGGUUCCGUUCGGGUGAACACCG